GAAUGAGCGAACCGAAAGCACGUGUUUGAGAGCGCUAAUACUCUCUUGAUGCCCUUUUGCUUUGCUCGCCUGUUUCGCGACCAACUUCUUCCCAGUGAUCGCAGUGCCAUCUGGCGCAACCGCGUGCCCAUUUCAAACCGGCCAGUUCAUCCACCAGAAGUGUAGAUCGCCUUCUCGUCAUUCCUUUGCUCGCUGUUGAUAACGUUGGACGUUCGAACGAUUCGGUGCGCGCCUCGCCGUCGUGUAGAAUACAAGGCCCGCGUGUGAUACAGUGAUAUCCAGGGAUUUCUCCUGGUGCAGUGAUUAAAAGUGUUCAAAACUUUGAAUUUGAUCAAGUGUUCGUCUUUUGGCGUACGUCUCAGUUCGUUUUAGUGGGAUUAAGGCUGUAGAACUGGUCACUAGUUAAAUAACGCCUAAGGUUUUCGAGGCACCAUGCCGCCAUCUUGAAUUGUGAACUUCGUUGAUAACGUGCGCUCGUGUUCUAUCCAGUUUAGGCUGUGAAAACCGUGAAAAUCGUCAUAUUCCGUCUCGAAAUAAUAAGUUUUAAAAGCAAUCAUGCGAGUAGAAUGGCUUAUUCCAGUGCUUUCAGUCGCGCAUUUUGCAAUAAUUAGCAUUGCGAGCAGUAACGCCACUGAUAACGGUGAACUCUGGACGCUUCUGAUCAAUGGGAAACUCGACCAGAUCAAAACAAAAGAGUCACCGGAGGUCACGCCGACAGAAGCAGCCGUUACUCAUUCAGAAGUGGCCAUUAACGGCAAUAUCAAUUACGCCAACGGUGAUAAGGAUGCGGAUGACGGCGAACAGCUGUUCGACGCGGGAGACUCGAUCGAGACGACGCUAAACGUGGGGACGAUCACGCUGACUAGCGAAGAAGAUAACGCUACGAUGACCGACUUGUUUGGUAGUGAUUGGGAAAGCUCCAUUGAGACAGUUCGGGAAAACGAUAGUAGUACAGCUACAACCGGUAGCGGCGAAAUGUUUGAUGAUAACGAAGGAAUGCAAGCGGAUGCUACAGAGCUUGAUGAUGAAAUAAUUGAUGUUUUGCGAAGGAAGCCGGCGUCACGUGAGGUGUUGGGGUUACUCGGGAUGUUGAAGGAGAAGAACGAGACGGAAGAAAUGAAAAUGAAACUCAAGCAAGUACUUCGACCAAUGUCUGAACGCUUAUCUGCGGGAUUGCCUAACAUAUUGGAAGAGAUGUUGACAGCUAAUAAUUCAAGAGAGGAAGCUGUUUCCAUUGAUCCGAUUGAAGCGGAAGCGUUGGUAUCGGAUGGGUCCCACAAUCCAUCUAUAACUAGCAUCCUAAUUCCAAAUCUAACAAAAUCGCUUCCUACAAUUCGUCGUGGUUACGAAGCCCCCACUGAAGGUCAACGAAGCUUGGUCAUAGUUUUCGAUGCUACAGGUUCUAUGUUGGACGACCUUAAGCAGCUCACGGAAGGUGCGAAGCUAAUCAUAAAUGAAAUCACUGGAUUGGAGAAUAACCCAAUCUACAACUACGUAUUUGUACCGUUCCGUGACCCACAAGUGGGGCCCCGUUUGGUAACUCGCAACAAGGACGAGUUACUACAGUCCCUUGAAAGCCUUCAGAUCUACGGAGGUGGUGAUUGCCCAGAAGCUGCACUUGCCGCAAUAUCUGAAGCCAUUGAGGCUGCCCUGCCAAAAUCCUUCGUUUACGUGUUCACCGACGCUACGGCGAAAGAUUUUAAGCUUGAUCAACGUGUUCUACGAUUAGUCCAACAGAAACAAACACCGAUCACUUUCUUGCUAACAGGUUUCUGCGAAGGCAAGGACACUCCAGGUCAUAAAGUAAUGAACGAUAUUGCAGCCGCAAGUAAUGGCCAAGUGUACGAUCUGAAAAAAGAUCAAAUUGAACAUGUUUUGGUUGGUAUCAAAGGCAUGAUGAACAUUGAUCACGUUCCUCUCAAAUCCGUCGAUUCUAAAACUCCUGAAACUCACAACAUUGAUCUGAAUGUUGACAGUACUUUAAAGGAGUUCAGCGUAAGUGUAGCUGGUCACCGUCCAAACAUAGAAAUAACCGAUCCUCAGCAUAUCCCGUACAACAACACCAAAUCUGUGCUUGAUCUCGAAAACAUCAAGGUUGUCAACGUUGCUGAUCCUUCACCCGGCAAAUGGAACAUCAAAGCCGGCUCCAAUUCGUCCCAUUCCGUCCGGCUAUCCGGAAAUAGCGAUGUCAAGUUCAACUUCGGGUUCUCCAAAACCAAACCCAACACCAUUGGCGCUCUCUCUCAUCAGCCGGUGCUAAAUUCAGACAACAUCCUUACUAUUCAGCCCUCUCAACCGGAUUUGGUGCAAAACCUUUUCCACGUUACCGUUACUUCUCACGAUCCCGACACCUCCGACGGUACUUCGUUCAAGUUCAAGCUACCACUCAGUAAAGCAACCCUCAACGAUACUACACCGGUAUUCGUGACACCGACUUUCCAGGUCCCCAGACAACGGUUCAAGGUCUCCGUGUCGGGAAAAGACGUCGACGGAAACCCCAUGGAGAGACUGAUCUCCACCGCGAUCCAAGCCGUAGGCUUGACUGCCCCAGAACUUUCGCUGGAUUUUACGGAUGUUGAUCUGCUUGAAGGCGAUGACUUCGAAAUCAACUGCCGCGGUGAAUCUUUGGUGCCAGUGCUAAUGCAGUGGAAGAAGUUCAAUCGGAUCCUGGUGGAGCAGAAUUUCGACAAUACAGACACGCUACGACUCCAGUUGACGAAUGUGACUACGAAGCAUUCGGGACGCUACGCUUGCCGUGCGAUGAACAGCGUUGGCGAGCAGGAAAUAUUGGCAGCGGUUAGAGUGAAAGUACGCCCGGCACCAGAAAUCGGCGUCUACCCGAAGGACAUUGUUGCUUACGAAUCCGAAAAGUUGAUAGCCUUGCGCUGUAUCACGAAGAAUAUCAAUCCCCAGGCGCAAAUUGUUUGGAGCCAUAACGGUCAACAGAUUGAUCACGCUCUUAGGCAGGAGUAUUUGGAGUUGCAAAAUAUCUCUACGGUUGACGAGGGAACCUACGAGUGCAAAGUAGAAAUUGAUGGGCGAAUUUUGCGGGAUUCGACGCACCUUAGCGUGGAGUACGCUCCAAAGGCACCUAAAACGCUCAAGGAUACAAUUUCCGCAGCAUACGGGCAACCUUUGACUCUCGGUUGUGGUCUGAAGGGAAAUCCAGAUGCGUCGAUUUCAUGGAGCUAUCGACCACUAGACGAAUCGAAUGGGCAACGGCUUGCGGAGACUGGUACAAGUCUUGUGAUAUCGAAGGUGGUUCCUGAAGUCGAAGGAUUCUACACAUGCGAAGGUAUGAACCGUCACGGAACGGCUCAGCGCACGAUUCUCGUGCAAGGUGAAGCAAAUGAACCACCAAAGAUCUCUAAGCCAACAGAAAAGGUUAUGUACGUCGAACCUGGAAGUCGUGUGGCACUGAACUGCUCUUGUGAUCUGUGUCAGCCAUUGAAAGAGUACAUCUGGACGAGUGGCAAACUGACAUUCGAAAGCAGUCCCUACGACGUUCAAGGCAAUGCUCGGGUAAGUUUGAACGUCGACCAAAGUCGUAACGCAGUCCAGUAUCAGUUGACGAUCGAUAACUUUGGUCCAGCGGAUCAAGGCAGUUACAGCUGUAUUCUGUCGAACGCACAUGGAGCCGAUAGCUUUAUCAUGCAAGCUCGGCUAAUGGUAGCUCCACAUGUCGACAGUAUACUGAUCGACGACGAGAUACAAGAAACUGAAUUUCUAGGAUUGAAGGGCUCCGUACGACAGCUUACGUGUGAUGUGAUGGGCUUGCCGGAGCCAUCGAUUCAGUGGACAUUCAAUGGACAACUCUUGGAGAGAGAUGGUCGCUUCAAGCUGUUGAACGACAACAAAACUGUUUUCUUAGUUGAUAGUUUCGGCGAGAGCUAUGCAGGUCAGUACAAAUGUAUCGCUACGAAUCCUAUAGGAAUGUCCACCGCCGAAGUGACCUUGCGAUACGGAAGCGCUCCGGUUUUCUCAGUAGUUCCGUCGGAAAGUAUUCUGGUGGAGGCUGGUAACCAGCUCUGGAUAGAUUGCCAAGUCGAAGGCGUUCCUGAGCCAAAAAUAUCGUGGUACUGCAAUGAGCAAUUGUUGGAUAAAGCUCCGCCGUACAACGUGACCUUGGAUGACUCUGGUAUAUACACAUGCAGAGCGGCUAACGAGUUUGGUAUCUCGUCAGCAAGUUCGACAAUUAUUGUGUACGGCAAACCAGAAUUUGUAUUCCACUCUGAUGAGGACGAAGUGAUAACCGUUUCCAAAGCAGAGGACGUUGUGUUAGACUGCACAGCCUCAGGAUUUCCCGAGCCUACCAUCAGUUGGACAUUCGAGGGUGACUCACUGGACGAGUUGACAAACAUUGUGGCUACCGAUACGGGUCUGCAAAUCUUGAAUGUAUCAUCAGUUAAUCAAGGUUCUUAUAUUUGCAAUGCUGAGAAUUCCCAAGGAAAUCUUCAAAAAGUUUAUUACGUAGCUGUGAAAGAAUCGCCAAGAAUCGCCACGGAUUUCCCUGAGCAAAUCCAAAUCCUACCCGGGCAAGAAGUUCAGCUUGAUUGUAAGGGUUCGGGGAAUCCUACGCCUCAUCCAUUUUGGGCCAAGAAUAACGAAACUAUACAAGAAUCACCUACCUUGACGAUCUCCCAUAACAAUGGUUCUUCAGCAACCUACACAUGCAUUCUAAGAAAUGAGGAAGGUUCCGACUCUCGUUCAACACAAGUCACCGUCAUCGAUCCACCGAAAAAGUCAGACAAUGCGACAUCUGCCGAUCCAUCCAUUGAGGCUAAACUGAACGCUCCACUGACCCUCGUCUGCCCGUUCGACAACUAUGAAAGUCUACUGUGGCAGCUGAACCAUCGCAAUCUGGAUUCCUAUCUGGAUCUGUCGGACGUUCGUUUGCUGCAGAAUAUCCUUCAAAUCGACAAACUCCGUCAAGAUCACGAGGGAACCUACACUUGCUUCGUGGAGAAUCAAGCCGGUCGGAAUAAUCAUUCUUUUGUAGUGGGAAUCCUGUCUCCGCCGGUGAUCCAACCCGUAGAAUCUGAAGAUGACGAUGAUCUGGAUGAAAGUGAGGAAGACUCGGAGAUUGACGCCGAAGUCAGUCUUCUUACCGGUGAGCAACUUCGUCUGGUCUGCCAUGCGAGCGGAUCGCCUCAACCGGCCAUUUCGUGGACCAAGGAUGAUACCGUCAUCACUAAAGGAAGCGAACUAGCUAUCGACAGCGUAGACACCCAUCACAAUGGUUUGUACACUUGUGUGGCGGAGAAUGAUCUGGGAAGUGCGCGAAAAGUCUACCGUUUGGACGUGAUGACAUCGCCGAGGCACUGGGGAGAGGUUAACAAUCACAUAGAGGUAUUCAAAGACGAAGACCUGCAACUGGAAUGCUUCAUGGAAGCCAACCCUCCAGCCAGUUUUCGAUGGACAAAGGAUGAUGUACCGUUGGAUGAAUUCGAAGAUGUGUUGGAAUUUGUCGAAAUUCAGCCACAGGAUUCAGGGGUCUAUACAUGCGAAGCGGAAAAUAUUUUUGGAACAGACGAAAAGAAGUUCCGUGUCACCGUGUAUCAACCUUCAGAGAUUACAUACUUCCCCGAGAAUCUAACGAUUACAUCAGGAAACUCCAUGGACAUUAACUGUGAAGCUGUUGGCAGUCCCUUGCCGAUCAUCAGUAUCAUCUACAAAGGCGAUAUACUGGCGACAACUUCCGAUCUUGACUACAACGCUUUGACCUUAGAACAAUCCUAUCGAGUGAAGCCCAAGUCAUAUGCAGUUCAAUCACAAGAAUUUGUUGCCACGAAACUAUCGCAGCACGAGAUACAGUUCACGCUUGUUGAACCCACUGCAGCUGCAAAUAGUGCUGGAAAAUAUCUCUGUCUAGCACAAAAUGCUGUAGGCCAUGAUGAACGAGUUUCCAAGGUAGAAGUACUCGUUCCUCCAUACAUCCAGAUGAACAGAUUUAAGACUGGGCCCAACUUCUCGAUCCUGGAAGGCUUGCCGUUGUACCUCUACUGUCCGAUCACAGGCUAUCCGAAACCAACUCUCAGCUGGUAUCGUAACUCCAAAUCAAUCAAGUUCACCGGACAGACGUUGUACCUAGGAUCAACCAGUCCCAAGGAUCAAGGCGACUAUACAUGCCUCGGUGAAAACUCCGUGGGAAAGCAGGAAAUUUCCUUCUCGGUAAUCAUCCUCGUACCACCCACCAUGAUCAACAGUGUACUGCUUGACGAAGAAGACGAAGCAGCCGAUCAGCCAAUCAACAUCCUUAAAGGUGACAACGUAACGCUGGACUGCGCCAGUAUAGGCUAUCCAAAACCGGAGAUUUUCUGGAUGAAAGUAGUGUACUUGGAUGAGAAGCUCAACGAACAGUUGCCCAACAAAGAGCCGGUUCUUGAACUGUACGGCGUUGAAGCCACAUCUACGUAUUCUUGCUUCGUGAACAAUACAGCGGGAGUGAAGGAGAAGUUGUUUCACAUUGUUGUGGAGUCUCCUCCGCGAUUCCAGAACAUCGAGUAUGAUGCCAAACCUUCUGUGUCGCUCCAUCACAGCCUAGAUCUGAACUGCGAAGUGGUCGGAGUUCCCGAAGCGGAAGUCAUUUGGACGAAAGAUGACUCUGUUAUAACUAGCGCACAGAAGGGAAUCUUCCUUGCGUCAAACGGUCACAUUUUAAGAAUUUCAGGAGCGCAGUCUACGGACGCAGGAGAGUACAAGUGCGUCGGACAAAACUUGCAUGGACAGGUCAGUCGGGAGUUCUACGUGACGAUUGAUGUUCCCGUAAGCUGGUCACCGUGGGCUGAGUGGAGCGCUUGCAGUGCUACCUGUGGCAAAGGCACACAGUUCCGGUCACGCAUCUGCCUGCUCCUUAGUGGAUCUCCAGCCCACGGUAAACAAUACACCUGCGUUGGGGAGAACGUACAGGUAAAAAAUUGUGAGAUGUUGCCAUGCCCCGUCAACGGAGGUUGGGGAGCCUGGAGCACGUGGAGCAACUGCUCUUUGGAUUGCGUUACCGAGUACACUGGAUUGAAAUCGAUUCGGUACCGCAACCGGAAGUGUGAUUCCCCGUCGCCAUCGCUGGGAGGUAAGCCUUGCCUUGGUGAGGAAUACGAGGAAGAAGUUUGCAAUGUCAAAUUCUGCUCCAUCAAUGGUGGCUGGACUCCGUGGACGAACUGGACGCCUUGCAGUGAGACCUGCGGAUUCGGGCGGACACUGCGAUGGAGGAGCUGUGCUAACCCGGCCCCACGCAACGGAGGUUUGCCGUGUCAAGGAGCGGAGAGUGAAAUAAAGAUAUGCAAGGAAAAAGAAUGUGUUGUAGACGGAGGUUGGACCGAGUGGAGUCCUUGGUCGAAGUGUAGCAAACCUUGCGGAACCGGUGUUCGCAGUAGGAAAAGAUCCUGCACAAAUCCGGAACCAAAGAACGGAGGCAGACAGUGUAAAGGAGAAAACAUGGAAAUGGAAAAAUGUUCGCUAAAGUCUUGCCGGAAUGACGCUCUUCUGAAAAACUAUGAAAAGAAGGCUGCAUAUCAACGCAAUUAUUCACCUCUGUUAACUUACGAAUCUAAAUAUCCAAACAAAGAUGAAGAAGAAUACGAUGACACAAGCGCCUCCGAAGAGCCACAGAAGUUUAAGGUUGUUCGUAAUUUUGCAUUUGCCGAAACUGCUCCCAUCGAGUACGUCGAUGGUCCCAUUGAAGCCGACAUUGACGAUGAUCUAGAUGGUCACCACAAGAUAACCGUAAGCCUUAAGAAUACAGUGAACCUUACGCAAGACACAGCGGCUUACAAUCUAAACUUUGGCGGUGUUAGCAACUCCAUACAGUUCAAUUGCGUGUCGGGAUUGAGUUACAACGCAUCUUUAGGUCAGUGCGUAGACGUAGACGAGUGCACAACGGGUGAGCACAGCUGCCUCCAGAACGGACAAUCUUGCAUCAACACCAACGGUGGCUUUGAAUGCGUUUGUGCUGUAGGCUACCGAAUGUAUACGGAUGGAUGCGUCGAUAUCAACGAAUGUCGUGAAGGCGAUGCUGAGUGUUCACACUACUGUGAGAACACCCAGGGUGGGUACACCUGCUAUUGCCCAACGGGGCACAUACUGUCUAGUGAUGAUCGUACCUGCACGAGGCGAAUCAUUCGAGAAGAACCUGCAUUCAGUGUGAUGAACUACGAGAUGAUCUGCCCAGAGGGAUAUCAACUGGAGGGAAGCAGAUGUGUUGACAUAGACGAAUGCCAGUUGAAGGAAGAUGAAUGUAAUGAAGGUCAAUCCUGCUUAAAUACGAAAGGUUCGUACUUGUGUGUGCCAACAGGAUGUCCAGAAGAAUACGACGAGGAUGACCAACUUGGCCAAUGCUACCAAGACUGCCGCUACCAAUCAACGCCAGGUUCAUGCCCCGAUGGAGCCCACAUUGAGCAGACGCUCACGUUCAAGGUGAUUUCACUGAAGAAACACUCAACGAAACAGCCAAUUGCCGUCCUUUCAAUCCCCGCCUACCAGCACGAUUCUACGGAAGCUUCAUUCAAUUUCCUGGAGCGGACGUAUGCGCACGUUUUCCGACUGGACAAGACCCCACAAUCGCCGGGAGCAGUUUAUCUGUAUGGAAACAAGAAGUUCCAACGGGGUAAAAUCUACAAGCUGAAAGUGAUUGCGCAUGCCUUUGGGCUGGAAUCUGGUGUCAUGGAUUACGCCCACAGGUUCGUGGUGUAUGUGUACUGUUUAGAUUAAGGUUAACGGGAUUUUUUUGGGUUACGUUCUGUAGUUUCAAUAGUUUUAAAGAAACUGUUUUGACUUGUACUUUUUCAAAAACCAUGAAGUAUGCAAUAUAUGUCAUUUUUAGUAAUCUUGUGUA